AUGUACAUACCUAAACGAAGGUCUUCCUUAAGUCAAGAAAUAAAUAGUCAUGAAAAAGUCUUCGAAGAAGAGACUGAAGAGAGCCAGCACAUAGGGUGCUACCUUUGUACCAAAUUUAAUAACACAAGGCGAAGGUCAUCUUCUUCAUUUAAAGUGGGUUCAUUCAUAGAUUCGCUCCUAAUCGAUCGAACAUCUGCGUCCAAAUCCGAACCAGUAACGUUCAAAUUUGGUAUAUUGGUGACAGACUUCUCUUAUCAUAUUCGAAAGGGAGGUCAACUCCCAGCACUGGGAAACACUAAGAGAGUAGAAAUACCAUUCGACGUUCAGUACAUUGAGUGGUCAAAUGCCUCUGCCAGUAGCACUUUGCCUCAUCCAGCCACAGGAGGAUCUACAGGGGGCUCCUCAUUUUCAUCGCCACUAGUGGGCAAUGUAGAAAUUAGUAAACGUUAUGCGUCAUACACAUCCAAGCAAUUCCCUGGCUUUCUGAUUCCCUAUAGAUCAGUUUUGAAAUUAAGCAUUGAGAAUACUGAAGGUACGACCAUCUCGAUUUGCUUGUUAGAGUACGAUUUGUCUAAACUUCCAUCGGGUCACAAGCGACUUGUUCGGUUCAAAUCAAAUAGCAUUGUCAUACAGAUACUAUAUUUUCAUUUGAAUAAGAAAUUUUACGUCGGUGACACCGCUCGAAUAGUACUACUUAGUAAGGAAGAGGGAAUUACGACUAAUGGAGAAGUGAUUGUUAUAAACGAGAGCAAGUUCGAUGAGAAUCAUUACAAGAAAUGUGACAGAUGUCAGCCAUACAGCCAAGGUUAG